CAGUGCGCUCUCUCUCUCUCCUCUCUCCUCUCAUUCUUUACUUGCGCAUUUGGAUUUUUCUCAAUCCUUUUCUACUCUCUCUCUCUGUCUCUCUAUAGAGCCGAUCGAUCGGAGAAGUCUCCUCUCGCCGGAGAAGAAGACGACCGUACACAACUCUAAAAUGAAGAUUUUUGUCAAAACUCUCAAGGGCACUCACUUCGAAAUCGAAGUGAAACCUGAAGACACGGUUGCUGAUGUUAAGAAAAAUAUAGAAGCCAUACAAGGGGCAGAUGUAUAUCCAGCUGUGCAACAGAUGCUUAUCCACCAAGGAAAGGUUCUUAAAGAUGGAACAACAUUGGAAGAGAACAAGGUUGCUGAAAAUAGUUUUGUUGUCAUCAUGUUGACAAAGAAUAAGGGCUCAUCUGGUGAAGGUUCAACUGCUUCAACUCCGACUGUAAGUAAGGCACCACAGACAAGUGCCCCACCCUCUACUGCCACCCCUCAAGCUCCUGCUGCAACCACAGAAUUCAUCUCAUCUCUACUUCACAGGCCUGCACGUGCACUGCCCGAGGCUGCUCCUGCUUCAGUUACUGCUGCGUCAGAGUCUGAUGUUUAUGGUCAAGCAGCAUCAAAUCUUGUUGCCGGAAGUAACCUUGAGGGAACAAUCCAGCAAAUUCUUGAUAUGGGUGGAGGAACCUGGGACAGGGAUACUGUUGUCCGAGCUCUUCGAGCUGCUUACAACAACCCAGAGAGAGCUGUUGAAUAUUUAUAUUCUGGUAUCCCCGAGCAAACUGAAGUUCCAGCAGUGGCCAGAGCCCCAGCAAGUGGUCCAUCUGUGAUUUCCCCAGCUCAGCCAGCCCAAGCAGCGGCUGUUCCUUCAAGCGGACCCAAUGCAAAUCCUUUGGAUCUCUUUCCCCAGGGCCUGCCAAACUUGGGAUCAAAUACUGCUGGUGCAGGGUCACUGGAUUUUCUUCGCAACAGCCAGCAGUUCCAAGCUUUGAGAGCUAUGGUGCAGGCCAAUCCUCAAAUUUUGCAGCCCAUGCUGCAGGAGCUAGGGAAGCAAAAUCCCCAUCUGAUGAGGCUAAUUCAGGAGCACCAAGCUGAUUUUCUUCGCCUGAUAAAUGAACCUGUUGAAGGUGGUGAGGGGAACAUCUUGGGGCAGCUUGCUGCAGCAAUGCCACAAUCUGUAACAGUUACACCUGAGGAGCGUGAAGCCAUAGAACGUCUCGAAGCUAUGGGUUUCGAUCGAGCAAUUGUACUGGAGGUUUUCUUUGCGUGCAACAAGAAUGAGGAGCUGGCUGCCAACUACCUUUUAGAUCACAUGCACGAGUUUGAAGAAUGAUAUUGUGGAGAAAUAAUUUGAUCAAAUUUCUACCUUCAACCAGCUGCUUGUUGAACUUUCUACUGACCUGGUGGUAUUUGCUUUUCUUUUGGUUAUCGCCCCCUCUUCUCUGGAUGCAUAUACUUUUCAACCCCAACAUUUUAGCUUUCAAGUUUUAUAAUGUCAAUACAACUAUUAUCAUGCUUC